AUGAAACCAAGCAAUGAAGACCUUUUGCUAUCAAAAAACAACGCAAAAACUUUACUUUUUCGAAAUGCAGUCGACUCAGCAACGCUAAAGAAGGAAGAAAAAAUGAUCCAGAAGGAAAGGAAUUUCGAAGAAAAGAUAUUUCUUAAGCAAAGAGAGCAAUUAAUGCAGCGGCAGUCGGAUUUGGCGGUACAGUUGUCUCCCAAGUCAAGACGAAAAGAAAUGUUGUCUGCUUCUAAGUUAGUUUUACCGGAACAGUCGUCGCCUCCUCGCACUAGAGUCACAUUAUCAAGUGGGAAACCAUUUUCAGAUGCUAAACAUGCAUCUGCCAGCAGCCAUUUAACGAGAGAUGCACCUGUCCCGAGUUCUAAAACUCCUUUGCCUGAACAGUCGUCGCCUCCUCGCACUAGGGUCGCAGCAUCAAGCGGUAAAACAUUUUCACAUGGUAACCAUCUGUCUGCUAGCAACCAUUUAAUACAAAAAGAUGCACAACUUUCAAGUUCUCCUACGCCUGAGCACUCGUCUCCUCCUCGCACCAGAGCCUUUACAUCAUACGGUAAAACAUUUUCCGAUGGUAACCUUUUAUCUGUAAGCAAUCAUUUACUAAGAGACGCACCUGUCUCGAACUCUACGAAUUCACUACCUGAUCAGUUGUCACCUCCUCGUAGCAGGGUCACGAUUUCUAGAAGCAAAACAUUCUCGGCCUCGGAUCGUCGAUCUGUGACCCCAACUGGCAAACCCGCGACAGUUUCACCUACACAUUCCACCGUCUCCUUGUCGGAUCAACAGCCCUCGGGAACUCGCUCCAGGGGCAAAAUGCCCGCAGAACUCAAAAGUAGAUUGAGUGAUAAUGUUUUGUCAGUUUCUCUUCCCGAUAUAAAUGUUGCGGGCACGAAAACAUUGAAGAAAAGCAGUGAGAUUAAGCUGUGGAAAGAGGAGCUGUCUCAAGCUGGGCAGAACGAGGGUAAUGAAGAAACAAGUGUUAUUAAAGACCAUGAGAACUUACGAGAG